GAAGGGUCUGCAGGGUGUCGUGGCCUGGGGAGUUUGCAAGAUUCUCCCCCCUCCCCCCCCACAACGCACCCUGAAGAAAGGGGGUGUCAAGAGUGAGCAAAAGCUGGAGAGGGGCCAGGGCUUGAGGAGUUUGGGGUCUCGAAAACAAAGGUGGGGGGGAACAGUGAGGGUAGGCACCCUGCUUCCCCCCCACUCCUGCAGGUGUGUGGCAUGAUGAGUUCCCCUGGUAGGGCCGUCAGCAAGUUUCCCCUGCACGUCCUGGUCUGGAAUAAUGACUACCGGCGACUGGACGAGGAGCUGCGAGAUAAGGAUGUUGAUCAACGUGAUCCUCGAGGCCGGACCUUGUUGCACCUUGCUGUUUCCUUGGGUUAUAUAGAAUCUGCCAAAGUCCUUCUUCAGCACAAGGCAGAUGUAACCAAAGAAAAUGCGCAGGGAUGGACAGUUUUACAUGAGGCUGUCAGUACAGGAGAUCCAGAGAUGGUACAUAUGAUUUUGCAGCAUCGAGACUAUCAGCAAACAUCUAUGACGCUUGGAGGAGUUCCUGAAUUACUCCAAAAGAUUAAUGAGACCCCUGACUUCUAUGUGGAAAUGAAAUGGGAAUUUACUAGCUGGGUCCCACUUGUUUCUAGAGUGUGUCCAAGUGAUGUCUGCCGCAUCUGGAAAAGUGGUGCCAAACUACGAGUGGAUAUCACGUUAUUGGGCUUUGAAAAUAUGAGCUGGGAGAGAGGAAGACGUAGUUUAAUUUUCAAGGGAGAAGAUACUGGAGGCUGGGCGGAGCUAAUUGAGAUCAAUCACGAUGAUAAGUUUGUUACAACGGAGCGUUUUGAGAUUUCCCAACACAUGAAGCGUUUGACGUUGGGAUCUAUGACACCAAAAAGAAAAGAUGUGGAAAGACGCCUUACGUCUCCAAUUAUUAAUACGUGCCUUGAUACAAAAAAUAUUGCUUUUGAAAGAACCACAUCUGGAUUCUGGGUAUGGAGGACAGAGAAAGCAGAAGGUGUAAAUGGUUACGAAGCAAAGGUGUACACUGCAAACAAUGUAAAUGUAGUCACAAAAAUCCGAACGGAGCAUUUAACAGAAGAGGAGAAGAAAAGAUAUAAAGCUGACAGGAACCCUCUGGAAUCCUUUCUUGGAACAGUGGAGCAUGAGUAUGGUGCUCAGGAUCUGACAACAGAGUAUGCCACAAUUAACAAUCCAACUGCUAUUACUCUGGAGGAAUAUUUUGACCCAGAGUUUGAUUUGAAAGAUAGAGACAUUGGAAGACCGAAAGAAGUCACCAUCAGAACACAGAAAUUUAAAGCAACCUUGUGGAUGAGUGAAGAGUUUCCCUUGUCUCUUAUGGAACAAGUCACUCCAAUCAUUGAUCUGAUGGCCAGAACUAGUGCUCAUUUUGCUAGACUUAGAGAUUUCAUCACUUUGGAGUUUCCACCAGGAUUUCCUGUCAAAAUUGAAAUUCCCUUAUUUCAUGUGCUGAAUGCCCGAAUUACAUUUGAGAAUGUUAACAGCUGCAGGACAGCUGACAAACCAUCAUCACAAAUCAGUGGAGGUGCACAGUGUGAGUCAUCAGGUGCUACUUUUGAGGUUGACCAGUCAGUGUUUGAGAUUCCUAAGUCUUACCAUGUCCAAGAUGAUGGUAGGAACAUACAUGUGCAGGAUGAAGAUAAUGAGAUUAUGCAAUUUGCUAUUCAGCAGAGUUUGUUGGAAUCCAGUGGAAAUAAAGAAAUGGGAGUGCAUUCCAAUGGAGCAGUUGCAUAUUCACAGGACUUCAAUUUACAGUAUCAGAGGGCACUGCAGGAGAGCUUUCUAACAAGCUCAGGUAAUUCGCACUGCAGCACACCUAGUGAGCCCUCCAGUUUUGAAAAAGACUUGCAGCUUGCCAUGGAGUUGUCUGUCCGAGAGCAGGAGGAGCGAGAGAAGCAACGUCGCGAAGAGGAAGACGCAGAGCUUCAGCAAGUUCUACAGCUUUCUCUCGUGGAAAAAUAACUCCUUAGUGAUCUCCUGAAAUAAGGGUGACCAAAGUUGUGUGAAACUGAAAGCUUUUAUAGCUAUCAGCCUGAGGACUACUCCUGGAUUACUAAAGUAAACAUUUCACCUGCCUUCUUAAUUUUAAUCAUUAGCAUAAAUGAAGCUCUGGUGUGGUUUUCCACCUUGAUUUGAGGGCUGGAGUGCUAUUUACGAAAAAGACUUUUUUGCAGAUUGUGCAGUGCUUAAACAUGAGGGGAGUUUCAGAACAUGGGGAUCUGCGUUUGGUUCCCCAGCCACGCAGUCUUAGCUUUGAAAGAAAAGUUUUACAUAAACACAUUUAUUGAAGAGCAGAUGGAAAUUUUGCUUAGCAUCAGGAUGUAGGAUUGCCAUCAAGUUUGAGAACAUAAUCUGUGGGGAGUCCAGGGCGAAAACUUCGUUACUUACCAAAGAAAUGCUCAUCUGCUUAGUCAUUUCUGAAUAAUUCAAAGCCAUUGACUGUGCUGCUUCCAGUUGUUACUUGGAGGGAUAUCUAUCUAUCUCUAUAUGUAUACCUGCAUACAGUAGUUUUUCAUGCUGACAGUGUAUCAUGCUGACAGACGUUUUCUCUUAGGUUUGUUUAUACACGACUAAGGAUAUUUUCUGUCUAGUUACCAAGAUUUUUAUCACAUGCUCCUGCUUCAGAGGGAUAAUUUUAUACUUGAACAGCUAAUCCAAACUCAAGAUUAAAUUAGUGCUUUCUAAAAAAGGAUAAAACAAGCCAGUAACAUUUCAGAUCCUAAAACGGGACCAUCUGUCUAUUAAAGUAGCAGUUUCUAUAGUGAUUCAAAACCAGCUAGUUCACAUAGUCAGAGGGCAGCAAGAGAAUAACUGGUAGAUACAGGUGCUUCUUGAGAUGACUCUGUAUGUGCGUUUGUGCGUGCGUGCGUGCCUGUGUGUGGGUGCUAAAUUCAAAUAAAAAUCAGGUGGAAUUUUAAUGUAUACUUAUUAGAAAAUAAGUUUUAAUAAUUCUGUCAUCUGAAAGGGAAAUGCAUGUAUUGCUUUUUAAAAUUCAAAUGUUCAUCCUUUAUGUGAAUACAUAUAUUUUUUUAUCUGAAUCUUUUUAUUGAUUUUAAAGCAAGCCAAUACAACUACACUCAUUAAAAAAAAAUACAGUAUCGUAACAAUUCAGAAGUAUGUUUUAACAAGCUUUCCUCAGGUCUUUAGUCCUAUUAUGUGUUUGUAGCUGUUUUGUCUGCACUUCUGUCAGUGUUUACAGUAGUUAUGCUGUGACUCUAAAGUGCACUCCACAAGUACACAAUGUACAUCAACAGAAAAGCCUUACUGUAGUCAAACGCGAGCAAUAUUUUUUAGUCCUGGCUGGCAGAAGUGUAAAGAACCUAUGGUACAUAUGGUCUACCUGCACUUGUUACUUGGGCAAAACAGGGCAGUCCUGUGUGACCAACUAUUAACCAGUGUAAAAUCACUAUAAAAUAGACUUGAUCGUAACCAGUGAGAUGGUUGGUAACUUGGAACUUUAUUUUAAAUCAAUAUUAAUCCAUUGUUUUACAUAGCAAAUGACUAAAAUCCCUUCUGUAUGCACUAGAACAGGUAUAUCUGCACCAUAUUUGUUUAAAAUGAUAUGGCUUGUAUCCCUAAAUAGUUUAUUUGAUAUUUGCAGGAAUGUUGAACAUCACUUCCUUGCGCAUUGGCAGUGGUCUAUGUUGGAAUUGUUGAGUCGUUCUUUGAAAAGAGAAUUACUGUGACUUUCACAGCUGCAUAAAAGGGAAUAAGCCUUGCAUUGAGCUCUUGACAAGUUGUGAGGUAUAAGAUGAUUUUUUUUUUUCCUCCAGCGGAAAUAAAGAGUGCUGUUGCCUUUAUAAGAGCAUCUGUCUGACAUUGCUUAUUUCUAGUAAGCGUUUCAGAGGUUUCAAGGGAAAUAAUCUUAUUUUCUCAAGCUGAGUUAUUUUCCACUGUGUAUAUCAAACUAAAGAAUAUUGUGCAGUUUUUACUUUCAGUUUUGUUAAGGUCCCUGCUUCUUAACCUGCAACUGUAAAAAUCUUGGUUUUCACUGUGAUGUUCUUUUAUUUAUUUAAGCAAAGGGCCUGCUUCUGUGAAACAUGCUACUUUUCUUAAAUCGUAGCUUACAUCUUAACGGCACAGAUAAAAGGCAUCCUCUGAUCACCCAUGCACAAGCUUGUGUUAUUUUCUUCAAGAGCAUACAACGCUGUAUUAUACACUCCAGCACUUUUCUAGCAUAGCAGUUAGAUUUAUUUAUUUUGUUAAUAACUAUCCUUAUCUGGCUUUUUGUUAAACUUCUGACCAUAAAAGGUGAUAUAUCAAACUAUCAAAAAUGCACUUGUGGUUUAAUUAGUAUAAAAUAGACACAUAAUUCACAGAAACAUUUUUUAACGCUUUCAGCUAACCUUUUGCAAUUUCUAUUUUGAAGAGACGGUCAAUAAAAUACAAAUAUGUUUUAAGUAAAUGAAAAGCAUUUUAGUGUUAGAACUUCUGUGCAUUGCACACAAGAAGGUACCGAUCAAAAGGAGAUAGGAAAAGAACAGUAAAAGGUUAAAUAGUAUAUUUGAUGUUAACAGACUGCUGUACUCCCCCCCCCACCCCAAAAAAAAUCUGCUAGCUUCUUUUGCAGUGAAAUAGACAAGCAAGAUAACAAAAAUAAUUAUAGGUUGUAUUUAGCCCUAACUAGCUUUUAAGUCCAUCAGUCAAAGUUGAUUAGAAAUUCAGUAAGUUUCCUCACUCUACAUUGUCAGUGCUGUUUGUCUAUAUCCCUGCCUGGAAGUGAGACCAAACAUUUAUGCACUAUUUUGUGCUUUUUGAACUGUGAUUUCAAGCAGCUGAGCCACGUAUAAAAAUAGUUCCUGAUGCGUUUGGUUUGGAAAUCAUUAACACACUACUUUUGGCCAACUUUUUUAAUUGAAAUGUCUCUAUAAAAGCGCCAGAGUUAAUUGAACUUUGCCUGUUACAGUGCAGUUAUAAGUAAACAUGAUUUGCAAGAUCCCCUUUACAUUUGAGGUCUGAUUCAGCACUAUCUAUGCUUAAUGGACUAAAUGUGCUGAUUGAAGAUAGACUGGGCACUUUUAGCGCGCUAUCAGUUUACUUUAUCAGCACUAUUACACUGCCACUCUAAUACAAAGUUUUCUUGAGGACUCCAGCUGAAAUUCCAAUGGUGAAAUGCCCAGCUAGAGUUAGCUCUCUAGUAGAGAUAAACUGAAAACUCAUUUUCCACUGUUGUGGACAAACUGCACUAAUUUCAUACAUGCCGUUACCGUUUGGGCACUACACCUGCUGGUGUUAUAGAUCUGAAUUACCUGCGCGAGGUAACAUCCAUAUUGAAUUGCCCAGAGAAAGGAGAGAUAGCAUAAGAGUCCAGUUGAUAACGCCCGUGUCCUAAAAGAUCUCAAAUAAUGUAUUUCACUAAUUCAGAUAAUAGUUCCUUGCUGGGAAACAUCCAGGAAAAUCAGGCUUCAAAUAGCUGGUAAUAUUACACCGUUGCCCUCUCACUAUUCCCUUACACAGUCCUUACCCAUCUUUUUGAUGGUACAUGUAUCAAAGCUGUAUCAGAGGCUGGGAAACAGACUGCCUCGUCCCUUCACACAGCUCCGGCAGAGUUAAUACCAAGCAGAAUAUCCAUAAAUAAACAAAGGAGUCCUGGCUUGUUUACUUAGCCUUUUAUUUGUACAAAGAGACACAGAAGGGAGCGAAGAAUGAAUGCAAACAGGAAGAUUGCCCUAGAGAACUCGGACCUGUAGCUACAGGGCCCCAGCCCUGAACACAGGCUUCCCUCUCAU